AUGGUGUACUUAUUUAUUAAGGAUAAUUUUGCUAAGAAAAAGCUGCAUAUUUUCAAACCCACAGGUGCAUAUAGACAUACACCACUACAUAAGGCUGCAGAGCAAGGUGCCACAGAGUUUGUCCAGCUUCUCCUUCAGCACAGAGCGGAUCCCAAUAUACAGGAUGGGAGUGCACGUGGACAUACACCACUUCUCUUGGCUGCAGAGCAAGGUGCCACACAGUGUGUCCAGCUUCUCCUCCAGCACGGGGCAGAUCCCAACAUACAGGAUGAGUUAGGAUGUACACCACUUCUCUUGGCUGCAGAGCAAGGUAACACACAGUGUGUCCAGCUUCUCCUACAGCACGGGGCUGAUCCCAAUAUACAGUGCGAAGGGAAGAGUAUUUUCCUACUGAGUGCACGUGGACGUACACCACUACACUUGGCUGCACAGCGAGGUGCCACACAAUGUGUCCAGCUUCUCCUCCAACAUAAGGCUAAUCCCAAUAAACAGGAUGCGAUAGGACGUACACCACUACACUUGGCUGCAGAACAUGGUGCUACACAGUGUACCCAGCUUCUCCUCCAGCACGGGGCGGAUCCCAACGUAUCAGAUAGGAAGAAAGCAACCCCGUUCACCCUUGCAAAAGAGAAGGGCCUAACAGCGAUUGCAGAAUACCUGUGUCGAUUUAACAACCCAGGUGUUCAGGACCACCUCCUUAAGAGAGCCUCCCUCAAGCUGUGUGAUCACAUCAAACUGGAAGAUUGUCGCAUGUUGGCUAGAUAUCACCUUGGCAUAGGAGAUGUAGAAAUAGACGACAUUGAUAUGACACACCAAUUUAACCCUUUGGAGCAACGCUUCCAGAUCCUUUCUUUGUGGAGAAAUAAGAAAUCAGAAGCGUCAGUGAAAAUGUUGAUCGACGCCUUAAAAGCUGCAGAAUUAGUUAAGACGGCAGAAGUCAUUGAGCAAUACUACGUAGAGGAGCUGCGCAAAGUGUAUGGAAUGUCUGCGGAAGAAUACCAGCGUCUUACUGCCGUAGAUUUGCCAGACAUCUGCCCAUCUGCCCUGGGUGAUAUGCGGCCGGUGAAGUUGGAAGGUUACGUCUCUGACAACCUGAAGAUCCUGUACGUGAAAGCCAGUGGAUUUGGGAUCCAAAAUGGAAAAGAAGACGGAAACAGCAGCAAGCUUGAGGCGGUGAUGAAAUAUCGUCACUUCGGAAACGGCACUUACGAACUCGUUUAG